UCAGUUGAGAAUGAGCUUGCUUUCAAGAAUAAGGCAUUAUUUACCCCAUGGUUUGUAUAUACAAACUUUUCAGCCAACCAUAGUGCAGCUUAACUCUAGUAACAUAUAUGCAUUUUCAAGAAAUUUUGGUCAGCCUGCAAGGAAAGAGGAGGAGGAUGUAGAGGAAGUGGAAAUUUACCCAAGAAGUCUUCCAGCUGAUUUUGAUCCCGCUACAUUUGAUCCCAAUGAUCAUCGAGGUCCUCCUCAGCUUGUUGAUGAGAUAGCAUCUCUUACAGUAGCUGAAGCCUCAAAAUUGGGUCUUGUGCUGAUGAAGAAAAUGGGUGUGAAGGAGAUGCCUAAUGUGGAAUUUAUAAAAGCAGGAUCGGGAAAUUUGGCUGGAAUGGCAGCGAAAGCACCAGCUGCGGCCAAGGAGGAGCAAAAGCCGGGAAAAACUGUGUUUGAAUUGAAACUGGAGUCCUACGAAGCGGCUUGCAAAAUUAAAAUCAUCAAGGAAGUCCGGGGCUUUAGUGAUUUAGGUUUGAAGGAGGCCAAGAAUUUGGUGGAUAAAACACCUUUUUAUAUAAAGAAAGGUGUUUCAAAAGAAGAAGGGGAGAAGAUAAUGGAGAAACUCAAAGCUCGUGGUGCAAAAGUUAUUAUGUAAUGAUGUAUGUGUUUCAUUUUACUUUUCUGAAAAUUUGAAAAUUUUAUAGUUGCUGUGUUAAUUUUUUAGCAUGAACUGCAAUUUGAUUUUAUGCAGCUUUGCAACAUUAUUCUUCUGUUCCCUUUUAAUGGAAUAAAUUUUUGUAUUCCUACGUACGAUACUAAUUAACAUCUUACAAAUAAAUUAUUGUUUUCUAGAC